GCCUGAGUAUCUUAGUAUCAUGCAAGUCCUCCCAGAAAAGUGCACUCCCGGAACGUUAGUGCCCUGAGCAAGGCUCGACCAAUCAUCGGCGAGACUUCGGUGCGCACGAUUACUAAACGGCGCCAUCACGACAGUGCGCAUCUAGCCACUUCCCUACUAAGGACUCCUGGCUAGGACGGACGGAGAACCGAUCAAAACCCCCCUCUCUCUCUCUCUCUCUCUCUCUCCAAAUCUUCAACGGCCGACCCUUGCUGACGCCCCAGGCUCUCUCUCUCUCUCUCUCUCUCUCUCUCUCUCUCUCUCUCUCUGUCAUAUUUCAGGGUUCGAUGGCCGCUCCACCUGCAAGGGCUCGAGCCGAUUACGACUACCUCAUCAAGCUCCUCCUAAUCGGCGACAGCGGUGUUGGUAAGAGUUGCCUUCUUCUGCGCUUCUCAGAUGGUUCAUUCACCACCAGUUUUAUUACUACCAUCGGCAUUGAUUUUAAGAUAAGAACCAUUGAGCUUGAUGGCAAGCGGAUCAAACUGCAAAUUUGGGAUACAGCUGGUCAGGAGCGUUUCAGGACAAUCACAACAGCAUACUACCGGGGAGCCAUGGGUAUCCUGCUGGUUUACGAUGUUACUGAUGAGUCGUCCUUUAACAACAUCAGGAACUGGAUCAGGAACAUUGAACAGCAUGCCUCUGACAACGUCAACAAGAUUCUGGUGGGGAACAAGGCUGAUAUGGAUGAAAGCAAAAGGGCUGUGCCUACCUCAAAGGGCCAAGCACUUGCUGAUGAGUAUGGCAUCAAGUUUUUUGAGACUAGCGCAAAGACGAACUUAAAUGUGGAGCAGGUUUUCUUUUCGAUAGCAAGGGAUAUUAAGCAAAGGCUUGCAGAAACAGACUCCAAAGCUGAGGCUCCCACGAUCAAGAUCAACAAACCGGACCAGGCGACUGGUGACGGUAAAUUGCCUGAGAAGUCGGCUUGCUGCGGGUAAUUGCAAACAAGGGAGGGGAGCAGUUUCUGGAGAUUGACUCUCUUUUGGAGACUAAUUGUUUGAUACAGAUAAAACGAUGUGAUGAUGGGUGCUUGUAUUUUUCUCCCUAUCAUUCUUUUCAACUACCUUUGUCUAGUGUGGAAUGUAGUCCCUCUCGGUCUUUGAGGAAUUUAUUAUAUGAUGACACUCUUUUUUCUUUGGAUUGGGAUAACAAAAACCCUAGAAAUGUUAGAGUUGGGAUGGCCAUUAAAUAUGAUGAUGAAAAUGCUACCUUUUAUGUAGAA